UUCAAAUCUCACAUCACAUCAUUACAUCGCCACACACCAGGAGAGUCUUGAGACCUCACCUCGCAUCUCACAACAAACAUCACAUCACCACGGGAAAGGGCAAAAGAUCACAACAUGAAGCUCACAAGUGUACUCCUCUUCGCCACAACCGCCCUCAGCCUCCCAACAUCACGACCAGAGACUCCGAAACCACACUGGCCCACGGUCAGUAGUGACUGGGGUUCCCUCAGGCACGUGGCCCCCAACGGCCUGUUGGAGGCGGACUCGGACGAUCUGCGAAGAAGCGUCGCCGCCGUCCUCGAGGCGCGCGAACCCCCGGAAGCUUUUGAUGGGGUUUGUCCGGCGAGGGGCUGGGACUGCUCGUGUUGGUUGCACCCUUGGAGCAAUUCGUGUAACUGGGACUGAUUGAUUCUUUCUUUGUUCUUCUUUUUGGGGAAGGACGAUUGCGGUGAAUUGUGAAUGGAGGUUUUGUAACUAUCAGCCACACUUGGAGCGUUGGGCCUCACAGUGCGUUAACUAAUCUCACAAAGUUGUUUGGUGAAGAAAGAUUU